ACCUGUUUUGUCAAAGCAGCCGCCAUCUUGAUCACACCUGUGCGGGUGACAAAAUAGGUCUUACAGAGCUUGGAAGAUCUAAGUGUAGUUUUCAGAUGGUUUAAGAAUUCCUUUUACGACCAAGAAGAUCCGAGAUGGGAAAGUGGUGCUCAUACACUAUAUUGGCUGUUUUAAUCGUUUUUAUAGCCACGGUUUUACACACAGGUGUGUGCCAAGACCCUCCCAAUUUCUGUGACUAUACGAAGUUCAUCUGUGGCAACCUGCGCUGUAUAAACAAGGAUCUUCUAUGCAAUGGAAUAGAUGACUGUGGAGACGGAUCAGAUGAAGGGCCAAGAGCUAAAUGCCGGAGACGCUGUUUCUUCUGCCUUGACUGCGAGUUCACAUAUAGUGUGAUUAAGUUGUGUGACAGUGGUUGCCAGAAAGUUGUACAGGAAGAAAACGGAAAAUACACCGUUUCAAGGGACUGCGCUUUCACCAGUCGCGGAAACAACCGAUGCGAUGAACAGUGGCAGGGAAACCAAAAGGUCACCAAAUGCACGUGUACUACUGACGAGUGUAAUGGUGCCAGUUCAGCGACAUUUUCCUUUGGACUUUCAGUUUUAUGCAUAUCACUUGCAAAAUUGUUUUCAUAGUGUACCUUCUUUUACAUCAAGUGACAGCUAGGAAUGUAUAUUAAGCAUAUAGCAGACUGAUCGUGUUGCUUUAAUAAGCAUAUAAAUAAUAUUGGGACUUUUUGUACAUACAAAAUAUUUUAGAUAGAGCUAACCAUUGAAUAAUCACCCGUGAUCCAAUGUGGAAUAGAAUAUUCACCCGCCUGGAUUGCGUAUAUAAGAUCCAGCCACGAUGAGCAAUAAAUCUCAACAAAUAUAGACAUUCGACUUUGACAGUAAAUAAGUAACUUGUAUAUUACCCAUAAAAUUUUUGUAAAUAACGAUCAAAUACUAUGGUACCGACUUUUUAAUAAAGUAAUAAAAUA